AUGACCGAUGAGUAUAAUCGAAUAAUGAGCGAGGCUGGUCCAAGUGAGCCAGUGCGUGUUGCUGGAUGGCGUGAUAGCUUACCGUCACCUGGUGAAAAGAUUCUGGAGGUUGACAACGAACAUAAAGCUCAACGAGUCAUCAAUCAUCGAUUAUCCCAGAAAAUGGAGCAAAAAGCGAUGGAGGAUUGGGUAUCUACUUUCUAUUAG